UCUUGGCUAAGUACAUUGGAGUUAUCUAAGCUGCCAAACUUGCGGUGCAUGUGGAAACAAGAUGUACGAUUGCAAGGAAUAUCGAUAUUUCGGAACUUGAAGAAGCUCUCUAUCAGCAAUACAGGGCUAUCAUUUCUCUUUCCGGUGUCUAUGACUAAAUAUCUUAGAGAAAUUAGAGACAUUGAAGUGAAGGAUUGUCCAAAUAUGAAGGCAGUGAUUGUGGAUGAAGAAGGAAGAAAUGAAGAGAUGGAUGAUAUUAUAGAGUUCCCAUUAUUGGAACGACUAUCUAUAAGCCAUUGUCCCAUGGAGAAAUUCUUCUCGUAUUCUCACGGAAAAAAAGAGUUAAUAACCACCACUUCAGAUUCACAAGAUACUUAUUUCGAUUUCUUCAUUGAUCAAAAGAUAAGUUUACCAAGCUUGGAGAAGUUAAUACUCUACUCGGUAGGAUCCUUCAACAAAUUAGCCAACCUCACCCUGAAACAAGAUGUACAGUUAGAAGGAAUAUCAAUAUUUCGGAACUUAGAGAAGCUCUAUGUCUAUAAUAUGGGGCUGUCAUUUCUCUUUUCAGCGUACUGUGGCUAAAUGUCUUAGAGAAAUUAGAGACAUUACAGUGGAGGACUGUCCAAAUAUGAAGGCGGUGAUUGUGGAUGAAGAAGGACGAAGAGAUGAAGGGACAGUUGAUAUUAUAGAGUUCCCACUAUUGAAUCGACUAACUAUAAGCUGCUGUCCCACAGAGAAAUUCUUCUCAUAUCCUCACGGAAAAACAGAGUCAAUAACCACUACUUCAGAUUCACAAGAUACUUAUUCUAAUUCCUUCUUUGAUCAAAAGGUUAGUUUACCAAGCUUGGAGCAUUUAGGCCUUUGCUCAGUAGGAUCCUUCAAAAGGAUAUGGCACGAUGAACUUCCCAAAAGUUCUUUCUGCGAAUUAGCCACCCUCACCCUUGAAAAUUGUUUUGGGCUACUCAUCGUCUUCCCUUCGACAAUCACACGGAGAUUGCACAACCUGAAAGAAGUCAAAGUUUCAAACUUGAAAUGCUUGGAAUCAUUAUUUGACUGUGGAUCCUUUGGUUCAACUAUGGAAAGAAAACUUGUGUUGCUCCCAAAAUUGGAAAGAGUGGAGGUGAGAGGAGCAGGAAGGCUCAAACACAUGGUGAAGAGCGACUCUCACAUGGUUUUGGGUUUUCCUAGUCUAACAAAAGUCGAGGUUGAAAAUUGCUCCGAGCUAACAUAUCUUUUCCCCAAUUAUACGGUCACAACUUUAGGGAAACUUGAGCGCUUAUGGAUUAGCAAAUGCGAACGUAUGAAGGAAGUGGUUCCCAAGGAAGAAGGGGAUCAAUCAAAGUCGGAAGUGAUUAGUUUCCCUUGCUUAAGUGACUUAUCACUUCAGAAGCUUGAUGACUUGAUUUGUUUCAGCUCAGGAUGUUCUUCGUAUGAUUUUGCCUCAUUAAGAAGUCUAAGAAUUGAGGGGUGCUGUAACUUUGGAGCGUUCAUCCCAAGUCCUACAAGUGUCGAGAGGCCAUUAAGCAAGAUGGCGGGAGAGGACGAUGAGAUGGUUACAUUUCCCAAUAUAAGAAGUCUAGAAAUUGAAGGCCCUCAGUGCAAAGAGCUAUGGAACAAUCAAAUUCCCACCGAUUCCUUUCGGAAAUUGAAAUAUCUUGGUUUGGAGUCCUGUGACAAUCUCCAACGUAUUGCCCCAUCCCAUAUGUGGAAGAGGCUACAGUGUUGUCUUGAGAAUCUAAAAGUGAUUUCAUGCUGUUCGAUUGAGAUAAUAUACGAAGGUGAUGGGAUGGAUAUAGAGGGUGGUGAAUUGAGGUCAUUGGUUUUGUGUGAUCUCAAGAAUUUGAGGCACAUUUGGCAGUCCAACAAUCUCCCAAACAUCCCGUUCCCAAACUUGAGAGACAUAGAGACUGUGAGGUGGCCCCGUUUGGAAAUGGUUUUCACUACCUUCACAGUGAAAUUUCUCCGGCAAAUCAAAGAGCUAAUGGUGGAGUCAUGUGAAGAUAUGAAACAAAUUGCUGGCCAUGAAAAAGCGGAAGAAGCGACUGGCACGACAAUCACCUUCUCCAAGUUAACUAUUCUUAGACUUCUCGAGUUGCCGAAAUUCAAGAGCUUCUUACUUGAGAGAUACUCUCUGAAAUUCCCGUGCCCUGAGAACUGCCCAUCCUUGCGAGACUUGAGUAUAGUAAGUUGUGGAGCGGAGCCAGACCAAGCCCUUGGUGACUGGGAAGGCCACCAACAAGCACGACAACUACUCAUGAUCUUCCGCCAAUUGAUCUGUUAA